AUGUUGGAGAUAAUAGGAGAUACAGAGAGAAAGCACCUUAGAGAAGAACUCCAGAAUUGUAUUUGUUUUGCUGCACAAAUGGAUGGUUCUGUCGAUGCUAGGUAACAAGAUAAGAAAUUUAUAUUUGUUCGAUUCAAUACACCCGAGGACCCUCUUUUUAUUAAGACAAGAUUUGCAAGUGCAAGGGAAAGUACCAAGCGUGGUGCUGAAGGUUUGUGUUCUGCCAUGACAAACUGUUUUGAUGACAUGGGCCUUUCUAAAGAAUGUUUGCAGUCAAAAUUUGUUGGGAUGAGCACCGAUGGAGAGUCUGCAAACACUGGUAAGGAUUCUGGACUGUGGGCUAGAGUUGAAAAUUAUGUUGGUCGUUCAACAAGAAAUAUCUGGUGUGCAUGUCACCGAUCAGACUUAGCAAUGGAAGAUGUGAUGAGGUAAUAAUAAUAAUAAAUUAAUAAUAAUAAAAUAAUGAUUACAAUAUUUCAUUAGAAAGUCCACUCACAAAAGAGAUUUUAAGUGAAGCCCGGAGCAAAAAAAGAUAAAAAAAUAAAUUAUAAGGCUAUAUUAAUGUUAACAUUUAUAAUGUCUUAGGUUGGUACCUGAACUGAAAAUCUGGCUUUCCAAUGUAACAGGAGUAGCUACUUAUUACCGCACAUCAGGCCUAAGGACUAAGGAGUUGAAGACCAUAAAACCAGACAUGAGAAGUUUUCCUCCUCAUCAUGAGGUAAGGUUUGCUCAACAUCUUGUUCAACUUUGUGGAGCGAUACUAUUCAAUUUAGAUGAAUGUUUAAAGCACUGGCAAAAGAUUUGUGAUGCUCCUCGAGAAUAUAAUACCAAGGAGGUAUCGUCUGCAAAAGGAUUUUUAAAGUUGUGGCAACCAACAGGAGUGCAAGCAUGGCUAACUGCUGUUAUGGUGGACACAUGCUGUAUCUUCAGAUAUAUUGAAAAAGAAGCCCAGAAGCCUGGCAUUAUCAUUCCUGAUAUCUUGAAAUACAGAGAUACUGCCUUGCAAAAACUUGAUAUAAUGCAAACAGAGCCAUAUCCAG